AGGGAGCCCUGCCAUUGGGAUCUUUGUCCAUAAUAAAUGGUAUAUGGCACAUGAGGGCCAUUGGCAAAUGCCCACUGCCUACUGUAGCAUGGAAGUGUUGCCAAGCACCCAAAGGACAGCACAAAUGGGCACAGUCAAGGGCCCAGCCAGUGGCAGUGCUUUGAGACUACUCUGAAUCAAACCCUUUACUUCCACCACAAAUCCACCUGGAAAAAUAUGAGGAUGAGUUCUUCGUGGAAAGCCAAUAACAAAGAGCUGACUUCUGCAUCCAAGCACCUGAAACCACCUAAACGUCCUGAUGCUUCUAAGCACAGCCAAGCAACGGAUCCUAUGAACAACCUUUGCAGGCAGUAUGAGGAGAAGGUGCGGCCCUGCAUUGAUCUCAUCGACUCCCUGCGGGCCCUGGGUGUGGAGCAGGACCUGGCCCUGCCUGCCAUUGCAGUCAUUGGGGACCAGAGCUCAGGGAAGAGCUCUGUGCUGGAAGCACUGUCAGGAGUGGCCCUCCCCAGAGGCAGUGGUAUCGUUACCAGGUGCCCUCUGGUUCUGAAACUGAAGCAACUGGAGCAGGGAGAGGAGUGGAGAGGCAAGGUCACCUACAAGAAAACUGAGGUUGAGAUCUCAGACCCCUCACAGGUGGAAGGGGAAAUCAAUAAAGCCCAGAACUUCAUUGCUGGGAAUGGGCUGAUGAUUAGCAGUGAGCUCAUUAGCCUGGAGGUCUGCUCCCCGAAUGUCCCAGACCUGACUUUGAUUGAUCUGCCCGGGAUCACCAGGGUGGCUGUAGGCAAUCAGCCUGCAGACAUUGGACACCAGAUAAAGAGACUCAUCAAGACAUACAUCCAAAAACAGGAGACCAUCAACCUGGUGGUGGUCCCCAGUAAUGUGGACAUCGCCACCACGGAGGCACUGAGCAUGGCUCAGGAGGUGGACCCUGAAGGGGACAGGACCAUAGGGAUCUUGACCAAGCCUGAUCUGGUGGACAGAGGGGCUGAGGACAAGGUCAUUGAUGUGGUUCGGAACCUGGUGUACCACCUGAAGAAGGGCUACAUGAUAGUCAAGUGCAGAGGUCAACAGGAUGUCCAGAAGCAUCUGAACCUGGCUGUGGCCCUGAAGAUGGAGCAAGCUUUCUUCAAGGAGCACCCACAUUUCAGCGUUCUUCUGGAGGAUGGGAAGGCCACAGUGCCCCUUCUGGCAGAGAGACUGACCUCGGAGCUCAUCUCACACAUCCGUAAAUCGCUCCCACUAUUGGAAAAUCAAAUAAAUAAGAGUCACCAGAGUACAAUCGAGGAGCUACAGAAGUACGGCAUAGAUAUACCAGAAGACAGUAACGAGAGAAUGUUCUUUCUGAUUGAUAAAAUUAAUGCCUUCAAUAAGGAUAUCACUGCUUUGGUACAAGCACAGGAAACUGUACCAGGGGGAGGCAGUCGGCUGUUUACCAACCUGAGAAAGGAGUUUCUUAAUUGGAAUAAUUAUAUUGAGGAAUAUUUCAAAAAAAGUUCUGCUGAGAUAGACAGCCAGAUCCAAGUAUUUGAAAACCAGUAUCGUGGCCGGGAGCUGCCAGGGUUUGUGAACUAUAAGACAUUUGAAAGUAUCAUCAAAAACCAAAUAAAAGCCCUAGAAGAGCCUGCUGUGGUCUUGCUACACAAGGCCACUGACAUGGUCCGAUCCGCCUUCACAAAGGUUUCAUUAAACAAUUUUGGUGAAUUUUUUAACCUCUGCAGAGCUGCCAAGUCCAAAAUUGAAGACAUCAGAUUAAAUCAAGAAAAAAAAGCUGAAAAGCUGAUCCGACUUCACUUCCAGAUAGAGCAGAUCGUAUACUGCCAGGACCAAAUUUACAGGGGAGCCCUGAAGGAGGUCAAAGAGAAAGAAGCCAAGAAAGAAAAGAAUAAUUUUAACUUUCAAUUUAACUCUCAACCUCCUCAAAAGGACUUGUCUACCACUGAGAUGAGCCAGCACCUGAAUGCCUACUACGAGGAGUGCAGAAGAAGCAUUGGGAGACAGGUCCCUCUGAUCAUCCAGUACUUUCUUCUGCAAACAUUUGGGGAAGACAUGGAGAAAGCCAUGCUUCAGCUCUUACAGGACAAGACUAACUGCAGCUGGCUCCUGGCUGAGCGGAGUGACAUUACAGAGAAGAGGAAAUUCCUGAAGAGGCGGCUUUCAAGGCUGGACCAAGCUCGGCACAAGCUUGCCAAAUUCUCCUAUUAAUCAGGCUUUCCAGCCUGCCCUGCAUGUUAGUGGCAUGGUGUGGACCAAGGGUUGCUUUGAGGGAGAAAUACCUCAGUGCACACUCCAUUAGUCUCACCCCUUUACUGUUGUAUAGUCUGAACCUUUUACUUGUUACCAUUUGAAAUUAGCAAAUAAAACAACAACAACAACA